AUGAAUCCAUUUGUCUGCAGAGCUAUCGGUGGUCUUAUUGUCGACAAUAUCCGGUCUUAUGCCUCGCAAUCACCGCAACCCAAGGGUUUCUUCGGGAAACUCAUCGAUAACAUCAAACAAGAGAUGUCGAAGAAUAAGGAAAUGAAGGAAAGCCUCAAGAAAUUCAGAGAAGAGGCUCAGAAACUGGAGGAAUCGGAAGCGCUUCAGAAAGCGAGACAUAAAUAUCAAUCCAUUGAAUCGGAAACAGCGAAGGGUUCGCAACAAAUCAAAGAGCAUUUGGAGGCCUUUAAAGACAAGAUAUCAAAGGGUUUAGAAGAGGCCCAGAAGACAGAGAUCGGCAAAAAAGGACUCGAAAUGACCGAUGAGUUGUCGAAACAGGCGAAGAGUGCGGCCGAGGCUUUGGCUAAAGGGACGGAACAAAUCAGUCAAAGCGAUGCCUUUAAGACUGUUUCACAGACAGUGCAAGCGGUGAGGGAAGAGAUCGGAGAGUCUGAUAGAGUGUAUAAAAGACCGGAAAAGUUGAGGAAAAGAAAAGAGGAAUCGGAGGACAUGUUUGCCCACCAGAAGCCCAUCGAACCAAAUGAAACAGCGACAGGUGUAGAGCUACACAAAGACAGUCGGUUUUACCAGAGUUGGCAGAACUUUAAAGAAAACAAUCCAUACGUUAAUAAAGUGUUUGACUGGAAGAUGAAAUACGAUGAGAGCGAUAAUCCUGUGGUGAGAGCCUCUCGACUCAUCACUGAUAAGAUGUCAGAACUGUUCGGCGGACUCUUCUCCAAAACAGAAUUGUCUGAAGUGUUGACAGAAAUCUGUAAAAGUGAUCCCAAUUUCGAUAAAAGCCAAUUUUUGAAAGACUGUGAAAAUGAUAUCAUCCCCAAUAUAUUGGAGGCAAUGAUUAGACCCGAUCUUGAGAUCCUCAAAGACUGGUGUAAUGAAGCGCCAUACAACCAAAUAGCUCAGCCUAUAAUACAGGCCCAAAAGUUAGGCUAUAUAUUUGAGUCAAGAGUUCUGGACAUUGAGAACGUAGAUUUAGCGAUGGGGAAGAUCAUGGAGAACGGGCCCGUCCUUAUCAUCACUUUCCAGGCGCAACAAAUCAGUUGUGUUAAGGACUCCAAAGGCAAUGUGAUUGAAGGCGACCCGGAGAAGAUAUUACGCGUGCAUUACGUGUGGGUCUUAUGUCGCGAUCAGAAUGAGUUCGACCCAAAGGCCUGUUGGAAACUCAUGGAUCUCUCGGCCAAUAGCGCCCAACAAUGGCUUUAAACUAAGUUUAUAUACAACACACAGUCUUAGCUCACAUUAUAUUAACGAUUUAGGUG